AUGCGACGGUCCAAGAGUUUGCGUGUCUCGGUCGCUAUAGGGCUUAUUUUGACCCUUGUGCUGGUCAAUCGCCAUGUCGCUUCGCUCAAGCCGGCGCAGGCCGGAGAUUCCCAUUUCAAAUCCGAAUUUGUGAUUGAGGACGGUGAAGGUCACAUUGAGCUGGUCUCAGUGGACCGAUACCCUCGCGCUAUUAUUGACUCUGCACGCGCUGCAUCCUCGCAUGUGCCGAUUCCACCGCCAGCCUCGAUCUCGCAAACGAUAGCGAAGCCUACUCCUUCGCCGACGGUGCAAGCCUGGCUGGAGCCGACCAGGCCGGCUCCUCCAACCCGGUUUGCGCCCAAGCAGAUUCCCGUUAAUGUGCCUGGUGAGCUCUUUCUGGAUGAUGACGACGAUUCGUACCUGGACGACGACUAUAGAGAGGGGGAGGCGCAGUUGGGCCAGCGACACAAGAAUAGCAAACCGACUUCCUCCUCCCCUCCGAAACCGAAACCAACGCCGAAACCCGAUCGCAUUGUCGUGCUAGGACGGAUGUCAUAUGAAGAUGCGACGUGGCUGGAAGACGAACUGCCGGAAUGGCAACACGCAGUCUAUGUCGUCGACGACCCUGAUGCCGAACUUACCGUCCAAGAAAAUAAAGGCAAAGAAAGCAAUGUCUAUCUCCAAUAUAUCGCAGAUAAUUACCCUAACUUCCCGGAUUAUAAUGUCUUCCUACAUGCCCACCGUUGGGGCUACCACGUUGAGUUCCCUGAGCAAGACAACGCCUUGGCUGUUCAAAGACUUCAGCUCGACCAUGUCAAAAAGAAAGGAUAUGUCAAUAUGCGCUGUCAGUGGGGACCAGGAUGCCCAGAAGAAGUCCAGCCGUUUCGACAGCUGGCUGGACGGACGACGGAGGUCGCCUUUGCUGGUGCUUGGAUGCGUAUUUUCAACAAUACCAAUGUACCGGAGGUGGUCGCCGUACCUUGCUGUGCUCAGUUCGCUGUGACGCGGGAGCAGAUUCUUGCACGACCGCUCCAUGAAUACUUAGCCUUCCAUCGCUGGCUGAUGGAGACAGAGCUGGACGAUGAGACGAGCGGUCGUAUAUUUGAAUACCUGUGGCAUAUUAUCUUUGGACAAGAAAACAUCCUCUGUCCUGCCAAGGAACAAUGUUACAUGGAUACCUAUAAUAUUGAGUGGGAUCCUUCAUUUGACCCAAUUGAUGAGACAUCCUGGGUCGAUGAUUCCUUCUGGGAUAACUUUGAUAUAGAAAAUCCCGAUACUUACGAGAAUGGUCAGCUCUAUGACCAAGAUACCUUCGACGUCGAUGCAAUGGACCAGGACAAUAUGGACAGUGGGAGCAAGGGUCAAAAUAACGAUAAACCUUCCGAGCAAGACACUUCCUACGUCGAUACCAUGGACCCGGACAAUUUAUACAGCGAUAGUCCGGUUCAAAAAAACAUACCGGUGGAUGAUACGAUGUGA